GUUUACAUGCUUGGCUCACUCCACAAGCCUCCGCCCGUGACGCCGGCUCCCCCUAAGGUCAUCGUCCUUUGAGGUGAACACACGCGGGGUUAAGAGCGACAUGAAGGCGGCGCAGUUGUCGGGGUGGUUGGUGGUGGUAGUGGUGGUGGUGGGGAAGGCCGAGCGCAUUCCCAGCCCGUGGGAGGUUCAUCGUGCUGAUGACGGAUGCCCCACAGUAGCCGUGGACUGCGCUGACCACCUGCUGGCCGGGCGCAACACCAGUGGGGUGUACGAGAUCCAUCCCUUCACCUGCACGUGUGGAAAGUCCGUGCUGGUGUGGUGCGACAUGGAUACGGACGGGGGCGGGUGGACGGUGUUCCUGAACCGCCAAAAGCAGACGCAGCAGCUUGACUUCAAUCGCACGUGGGAGGAGUACAAGGAGGGUUUUGGAAGGGCGGAUGGGGAGUACUGGCUGGGUAACGAGAUCCUCCGCGCCAUGACCCACAGCCGCACCUACUCUCUGAGGCUCGAUCUGACAAAGGCCACCGGCGGGAGCGACUACGCCACCCUGAAGGACUUCAGAGUGAGCUCUGAGGAGUACAGGUAUCGCUUGCAGUCGUCGGGUGGACUACAUUACUCCUCGGUGGCUGAUCAAUGCGUCUCCAACAUAUAUUACAACCUGGAAUUCACCACCAACGACCGCGAGAACGCCGGUGCCAAUGAAAACUGCGCCGUCAGACACGGGGGCGGGUGGUGGUACAGCUGGUCCUGCUUCCAAUUUAACCCAACGGCAGCGUUUAUCGACGGCUCCUUGCCCCUCAAGUGUCAGUACCAUCUCACCAGGGUCACCAGGCUACAGAUGAAGCUUCGUCCAGUCCUUUGCGACGCCACCCUCAAGACCAUCAAGCUCGGGGAGAAUACUUGCGGCUGUGAGUAAUGUUUGCUCCUUGAUCUGCGCUAAGCCUCGCUCAUGGGUGACUCUAUGGUCCCUCAAGGCCGUCAGUGUCCUCAACGCUAUUACCUCAAGAGGCCUCGGCGCAACAGCCAUUCCCACCCUUGUGUUCUCACGACUUAAUCCAGAAGAGUUUGACAAAGAGAAUCCAAUGUAGUCAACCCAAAAGUGUUGGUUUAAAACUAUAGGAGCAAAAAAUAUUUAUAUCUAUACAAUUUUAAUCAAAGACCGUGAUUUUCAUAAGAAGGAACUUCAAGCUGCUUAAAGUACAGUCUUUUGAUAAAUUUAAAAUAAAAUUUCCGCUAUAUA